GGGGUGGGACCUGGAGCCUUUGCGGGCCGCGUUCCCGGAAGUUUGGAGUCUCUGGGCUCCGGUAGCUCGUGUCCGGCGUUCCCGGGACGGCACGUGGCUGCCCCGCCUCGGCCCCGGCUGGAUAGCAUAGCCCUGGAGCUGCAGGGAUCAGUGGCGGAAGCGGUGUCGUCCCUGACCAUCGCGGACGCGUUCGUCGGGGCCUGCGAGGGCCCCGCCCCGUCGCGCCCCGCGCUCCCCGCGCUCCCCAGCAGGUUCAUCUGCUCCUUUCCCGACUGCAGCGCCAGUUACAACAAAGCCUGGAAGCUAGACGCGCACCUGUGCAAGCACACGGGGGAGAGGCCGUUUGUUUGUGACUAUGCGGGCUGUGGCAAGACCUUCAUCAGAGACUACCACCUGAGCCGGCACGUCCUGAUUCACACCGGAGACAAGCCGUUUGUUUGUGCAGAUGAUGGCUGUAAUCAGAAAUUCAGCACAAAGUCAAACUUGAAGAAACACGUUGAACGCAAACAUGAACAUGCACAGAAACAGUAUGUGUGCAGUUUUGAAGGUUGCAAGAAGGCCUUUAAGAAGCACCAGCAGCUGAGAAGCCACCAGUGCCAGCACACCAGUGAGCCGCUCUUCAGGUGUACCCACGAGGGAUGUGGGAAGCACUUUGCCUCCCCCAGCAGGCUGAAGCGGCACGGGAAGGUUCACGAGGGCUACCUGUGUCAAAAGGGAUGUUCCUUUGUGGGAAAAACGUGGACGGAGCUUCUGAAACACAUGAGAGAAGCCCAUAAAGAGGAAGUAACCUGCACAGUAUGUCAGAAGACGUUCAAGCGCAAAGAUUACCUCAAGCAACACAUGAAGACUCAUGCUCCGGAGAGGCCCGUGUACCGCUGUCCGCGGGAAGGCUGCGGAAGAACCUACACAACCAUGUUCAACCUGCAGAGCCACAUUCUCUCCUUCCACGAGGAAGAGCGCCCGUUUGUGUGUGAGCACGCCGGCUGUGGCAAGACGUUUGCAAUGAAACAAAGCCUGAUGAGACACAGUGUCGUGCACGAUCCCGACAAGAAGAGGAUGAAGAUCAAAGUAAGACCGCCUCGGGGGAGACGCAGCUUGGCCUCUCGCCUCAGUGGGUACUGCCCUCCCAAGAGGAACCAAGAGGCAGACUACUGCUUGCCCAACUGCACGGAGUCCAGCAGCGCGGAAGACAAGCUGCGCCCCACAGCCGGUUUACUCACUGUCUGCUAGGCGGGCAGACUUGAGAGCAGCCAGCGGAGGCCUCUGGAGAAGCCCGCACUUCUUAUUAAAAUCACCGACACACAA